GUGAAGGUGAAUCAAUAAAAUAGAAUCUAAAUUUUUCUUAUUGUAAUAGUAUCUCAAUCUACUGCUGACAUCUAUGGGAACUAACAUCUAAUGAUACAUUCUGGUCAAACCUAGUGAUUCACCGUUGAAUACCAUUUUGGCUACAAUCACUAGACUCAAGGAAAACUGUAGUUUAAGCGUUUUAUUAUAAAAUGUUGAUCAACGAAAUUCCCGAUGAUUGUUUGCUCGCCAUUUUUGAUCAUAUGAGCCACCUGUGUGAUCUAAUAAACUGCUAUAAGGUGUGCGUUAAAUGGAGCUAUUUAAUUACUAAGCGGACCAAAAAGGUUAAAUAUUUAAUAUAUCAGCGUGUUUAUUCCUCUGACACUGUUUAUUAUCGAGAAAUGUGUAAGAUUGAUUCAACCUGUCUGAGUAAAUUAUUUACAAAUUUAAUAAUUGUUGAAUUGUCUUUUAAUUUAAAUCCAACAUACGAAGAUGCUAUUGAAUUUGUUAAAAAACAAAGAUUUUUGAAAGGAUUAAUCAAUCGAAUUGAUUUACCAGUAGAAACAUAUUGUGUAAUAUUCAAUAUAUUGUGUAAUAAUAUUCAACUUGAAAUGUUAUCCGUCCAGUAUUUCAAUCCAAACAAUUUAAGAAAUGGUUCCAGCAUAAAGCAAUUGGUUGUUCGGAAUCAUAGUCUAGCGGCUUUGAAAAGACACUCACAUUAUUUGCCAAACCUUGAAAGACUAAAGAUUACAAUUUAUGUUCCAGAUAAUCCCUACGAUGGUCCAGUAUUGAAAAAGCUCAAAAUACUUGAGCUGUCUUUCCAUGCUCCCUGGGAUAGUAUAAUUUUUUAUGGCCUCCAGUUCAUGGAUUCAUGUCCAAAUUUACAAAGUGCACAUAUUAAAAUGGCCGCUAAUACUUAUUUUUUCGAUGAAACAUUGAAACACAAAUGUUUGCAAGAUUUAGUUUUACAAUCUUCUGACUUCUAUAAUGGAAUUAGUACCAGCACACGGGUUGGAAACGAAAACGAUUUAAAACGAUUGCUUAUGAAAUACCCGAACCUCAAACAUCUUGCGUUGAGGGGCGCUUGGAAAAUAACAGAAGAACAUAUUGAGCAAUUGUUUCACAUUUUGCCCAAUUUAGUGGUAUUGGAUGUUAGAAAGUGCUACGAAGUCACUCAAGAAGCUGCCGAUUAUGUUAAAGAUUACUGUAAAAGAUAUGGACGAUCAAUCAAAUUUUACUUCGAUGGGAAUGAACAUGAAAUCAAAUCAGAUUGGCCUCAAUUGUCCAUUAAACACGAAGCAAUAAGUCUAGGCUUUGAUUUCAUGAAAAAUUGCUUCUUGAGACAGCAUGACUUCCUUCCAAAUUUUUUGAUUCCGAUUGAUUAUUGAAAACUACUCAUUAAAUUGUAUAUUUGUUAUUUUGUAGCUUGGAAGCCCAUUCGAAGAGUUUCAACUUAA